GUCCCCUGGGUGGAAAGGGGCUUCCUCCCCGGCCCGUGGGUGUCCUCCGGCCGCCGCCGGGGCUUGGUGACCCGGGAGGGAUGGGGAGGCGCUGGGCGCAGGCCGCGGUUGGGCCCCAGCCCCGGGGAGGCGGCGCGAUCGUGUCCCGGGCCUCGGGGACGUGGGGCCUCAGCGCAACGGGCGGCUUCGUGGUCUCCCACGGUGGGCGCGGGGUGGCUGCCCCGGCCCGUGGCGGUUCCGCUCGGGGAAGGGACGGGAGUGGGGCGCGGAUCGGCCUCGGGUGCUUGGGAUCCGCUUUCCGAGGGGCAGUUUGGGGUCACGGCCGUUCCCGCAGCCCCUCUCCCAGCCGGGAGAGCAGCCGCCCCUCCCGUGCGGACCGGCGUCCCGGCCUAGCGGCAGCUCCUGGCUGCCCGGGGCUGUAAAUCCCCCCCGGUACCGGGGGAAGGACCUCCCCUCCGAGCUUUGCUCUCCGGUCCGGGCCUGGCCGUGGCCGCCGGCGGGACGGGAGCGCGGGGCUCUGAGCGCCGGUAGAGCCCGGCCCGCUCGGGUAAGCCCCGAACCAGAGCCUUCCCUCCCGCCGGCGGGGCGGGGCGGCCGCUGCGGGCACGGGAACCGAAACCGAAAGGGAGCCCGCAGCCAUCUUGCCGGGGUGCUUUCCCGCUGGUGCCUGCCCUCCCCGGGAGACCUUCUGCGCGUCGGGGUGUCUUUUUUUUUUUUUUUUUCCAUUUUUUUUCCAAAAAAAAAAAAAAAAAAAAAAAAAGAAGUGGGGGGAAUCUGGCAUAUGGACAAGACCGAGCAGGGGCCUGCUCAGGUUGGGAGAGCGCGGAGUGAAGCGCAGGUCCCCUUCUGGCGCGCCGUCGGCCCGAUUCACCCCGGUGUCCCAGCGCUGCGCUAUGAGCAGAGGCACCGGCCGAGGCAGAGGCUCAUUUCUUACCCGGUCAAAACGUAACUGCACCAACACUAAUCGAGGUUUUUUUAACCGCCCUCAUCCCCCCCGAGAAACUAAUCAGCAAACCUUUUUACACCAGCAGUUCCUAACAGAGCAGGACACUGAAGUCUGUUUGCUUCAGGGACAGGGAUCCCACGACGGGUCACACAGAGGGGUGCGAGCGGCGGUGCCGGCUCCUGCGGAGAGAUGGCAACCCAGCGGCAGCAGAGCAGGGUGGCGUAGGUUCUCCGGCAAGUGUCCCUGGGUAGGAACUUCACCACAUUAUUGUCCUCCCCGGUACCAUCGUCAGGAGGAUUUGGAGAGGGAUUCUAAUGCCAUCAGGCUGGAUUUCCAGAGACUGUCUCUUGCUGGACAAAAUUGUGAACAAGAAAUUCUGACUAUUUUCAGGCAGCUGGGGGAGGGGAAGGCUUGUACAGUUCAUGAUCUUGUACGUCAACUUAAAACUCAAAAGAAAGAGGUCAACCGGGUUUUGUAUAAACUCCUCAAAGAAGGCAAGUUGCACAAAGGUGAGGAGACGCCGCCGCUGUGGAGGAUUGCCAGCCCAAGCGCCGGGAGAGAAAGAAGCCCCACUGGCCCCAGCCGUGGUUGCACAGCUCCAGCUGGUGAGAGCAGAGGAGGAGAGAGGAGCACGGGUGGCUCCAGAGACGCCGAUCCCGUGAUGGCUGAGACAAAGGACAAAAUCUGCAAUUACUUGUUCAGUGUAGCAGAAACGACAGCACUCAACCUUGCCAAAAACAUCGGGUUUUCGAGGGCCAAGGACGUUAACGCCUUUCUUAGCGCUCUGGAAAAGCUGGGAGAUGUCCACAAGCAGAACACAACCCCCCCACGGUGGUCCCUGACAGACAGGAAACGCGAGCGGAUGCAGAUGCGGCUGAAGGCCAGCACCGUAACGCAGGCGACACAUCCCCCACCCCAGUCAGGUUUUCCACCUUCCUCUGUCCCUCCGUGUCCCCAGGAGGUGACCGUAGCAUCACCAGUGGUGGUAAAGUUGGAAGGGGAAAGUAUAGAAAACGGGCAGCAGCUUUUGGGGCAAACUGAUCCGAGCGAUGCCGGUGACACGGAACCGGCCCCGCCUGAGGACAUUAAGCCCGAAUUCUCCAGUUUGAGUAAUUAUGAUAACUCUGAAAACGGGAAGUGGGCCACGGAUGAUAUCCCAGAUAAUCUGAACACUAUCAACAGGCAGCCUGAUGAGUCAGAGUCCAUCAUGAAUUCCCAGUCUUCCCCCAGUUACGCUGCCCAGUUUGAAACGGCUUUCCCUUGUACGCCUGUAGAGAAGCUGAUGGCUUGUCAGGAGAAGAACCCGGUGAGUGGCCUUACGGAGUAUUCCCAGUACACGUACCAGCACUGUGAGUUUGCCAUGCUGGAGCAGAGCGGACCCUCUCAUGAGCCCCGAUUUAAGUUCCAGGCAGUGAUUAGUGGGCGCCGGUUCCCACCAGCAGAAGCAGGGAGCAAAAAACUGGCUAAACAGGAGGCAGCGGCCAAUGCUAUGAAGGUCCUGAUGAGUGAGGCAGAGAAUGGAAGACCUGGUGGAAUUAAAAGCGAGGAGACGUUUCCCUCCGAGAGCUCUGAACCGGAAUUGCCUUUGCAUCCGGAGCCAGAGCCAUCGUCUGCUCCAGCUCAUCUCAACCUGCUUCCUGGGAAACACCCCAUCAGCGUGUUAAUGGAGUAUGGACAGAAAUCGGGGAACACCAUUGAAUUCCAGCUGCUGUCUCAGGAAGGCCCUCCUCACGAUCCGAGGUUCAGCUACUGUGUGAAAAUGGGUGACCAAAUUUUCCCUGCUGUGGUAGGAAACAGCAAGAAGGGAGCAAAGCAAAUGGCAGCAGAAGUUGCUGUGAAGAUUCUUUCUGGAGAGUCUGUACCCCGUGUCUUGCCCGAACAGCCUGCCCUGAAGCCCCAUGGUGACCAGUCCACGCACAGCUGUGGGCCCUGGGUCCCCGCUCCAGAUGAACCCCAGGUGGCCAAACCAAAGGGUGUUGGGGAGCUCAUCAAAUACCUCAACGUCAACCCCGUCAGCGGCCUGCUGGAAUACGCCCGCUCCAACGGCUUCGCUGCAGAGUUCAAGCUCAUUGACCAGUCAGGGCCUCCCCAUGACCCCAAGUUUGUCUAUCAGGCGAAGGUGGGAGGCCGUUGGUUCCCGGCUGUAACUGCACACAACAAAAAGCAGGGCAAGCAGGAGGCAGCUGAUGCAGCGCUUCGAGUCCUGAUCGGGGAAACGGAGAAGAUCGAGCGCAUGGAAGGGACGAACAUCACCGAGCUCCCUGUGAGUGGCAGCACCCUGCACGAUCAGAUGGCCAUGCUGAGCCACCAGCGCUUCAACACCCUCACCGCUCGCAUCCAGCACAACCUGCUGGGGCGGAAGAUCCUGGCCGCCAUCAUCAUGCGGAGAGGAAACACGGGCCUGGGAGCGGUGGUCAGCAUCGGAACGGGUAAUCGUUGUGUGAAAGGAGAAGAGCUGAGCUUGAAAGGGGAGACGGUGAACGACUGUCACGCAGAAAUCAUUUCUCGAAGAGGCUUUGUGAGGUUUCUCUAUAGUGAGCUGAUGAAGUAUGACCCGUCUAAUCCAUCCUCUAGAGAAGAGAGCAUUUUUGAGCCAGCAGGAGGGAAGAGGCUCAGAAUCAAGAGCGGUGUUACCUUCCACCUUUACGUCAGCACAGCACCUUGUGGGGAUGGGGCACUCUUUGAUAAAUCCUGCAGUGACCAGGCGAGCGUGGUGGGACAAGCCCAGCACCAGCCACUCUUUGAGAACCCCAAACAAGGCAAGCUGCGCACCAAGGUGGAGAACGGGGAAGGUACGAUUCCUGUGGAGUCGAGUGACAUCGUACCCACGUGGGACGGGAUCCAGCACGGAGAGCGGCUGCGAACCAUGUCCUGCAGCGACAAAAUCUUACGAUGGAAUAUACUGGGCUUGCAGGGGGCAUUGCUGUCCCACUUCAUCGAGCCAGUUUAUCUCAGCUCUGUUACACUCGGCUACUUGUACAGUCAGGGGCAUUUAACGCGUGCGAUCUGCUGCCGCCUGGCCAGAGAGGGGAACCCACUGCAGGGAAAGCUCCGGGCUCCGUAUCACAUCAACCAUCCCGAGGUCGGGCGGGUCAGCGUGUACGACUCUGCCCGGCAGACGGGCAAGACGAAAGAGUCUUCAGUGAAUUGGUGUCUUGCUGAUGAAAGCGAAGUCGAAGUCUUGGAUGGCACAAAAGGGAAAGUAGAUGGGCCGAAGCUGGAGGUGUCCCGUGUGUCCAAGAGGAGAAUGUUCACCCUCUUCCAGCAGUUGUGCGCCAAGAACGACCGCAGAGACCUGCAGGACCUCUUGGUGUACUCGGAGGCGAAGGAGGCGGCCACAGCCUACCAAGAGGCCAAGCAGUGCUUCUUCAGCGCGCUGGAAGAGAUGGGCUACGGCAGCUGGAUCCGCAAACCCCAGGAGGAAGAUAAUUUCUCCUUUUCUGAUGCAUAAUGAGACGCCCUGCGUCGGGGGGCAGGGUGUGAGUGUGACCCGGCGUGGGCGUACGCGUCCUUCUCUCAGCACCUUCUUUUUUGAGGUGGAAUCAGGAACGUGCAGCAGUUUCCCCCGUAGGCGCAGCUGCCUCCUCUCUGCUGUUGUUACUCGGAGACCCUGCCCUUUCUCCCUAUUUAAAACACGCAUGAAAAUUAGUGUCUUUUUUUUAAGCUAGGGCAGGUUUGCUUUUAUGUUUUCCUCUCUUCUUUCUUUUUGUUUUUUUUAAAAAGAAGGCACAAGAAACCAGAGCGAUUCUCCGACUACGAGCUCGAAACCUUUGGACCAUGCACGGCAGUUCCCUCCGGCAGGUUUUGAGGCAAAUUUUCUCUUUUGAGAGAAGAAAAAAAGCUGAGUGUCUGGUUCUGUGUGUCUCUGUCAGAGGGUGGCUGGGAGCCCAUCUGAGCUGGGACAUGGGACUGAUCUUGGCAGGGCCAGCGUAACAUUCCACAUUAAUAAUAAAAAAAAAGAAAAUUUCUCUUA